ACGGGUACGGCGAGCAGCGGGAUUGGGGGGCCACGGGCCGGGCCGGGCCCUCGGCCCCAGGCGGCGGUGGCGGUAUAAAGCCGGCGGCCGGGAGCAUCUAAUGUCGGAAUGCGGACGCCGCGGCGGCGGCAGCAGCAGCGAGGACGCCGAGGACGAGGGUGGCCCCUCGUCCCUCAGCCCGGCCCCGGCCGAAGCGUCCUCGGCGGGCCGGCUCCGCCACGGGCUGCGCGGUGCCUCCCUCAUGGCGUGCCGGCGGCCCGAGCUGCUCUGCGGGGCCGUGGCUCUCGGCUGCGCGCUGCUCCUCGCCUUCAAGUUCACCUGCAGUCGAGCAAAAGAUGUGAUAAUACCAGCAAAGCCACCUGUCAGCUUUUUCUCCUUGAGGUCUCCGGUCCUUGACCUCUUCCAGGGGCAGCUGGACUAUGCAGAACACGUUCGCCGUGAUUCGGAGGUGGUCCUACUCUUCUUCUAUGCCCCAUGGUGUGGGCAGUCCAUCGCUGCCAGGGCAGAGAUUGAGCAAGCAGCAAGUCGGCUUUCAGACCAGGUGUUGUUUGUGGCAAUUAACUGUUGGUGGAACCAGGGGAAAUGCAGAAAACAGAAACACUUCUUUUAUUUUCCUGUGAUAUAUCUGUAUCAUCGAAGUUUUGGACCAAUCGAAUACAAAGGCCCCAUGAGUGCUGUUUACAUUGAGAAGUUUGUCCGCCGGGUGAUGAAACCACUUCUCUACAUCCCAUCUCAAUCAGAAUUACUAGAUUUUCUCUCAAACUACGAGCCUGGAGUACUCGGGUACUUUGAGUUCAGUAGCUCACCCCAACCUCCUGGUUACUUGACCUUCUUCACGUCAGCAUUACAUUCAUUAAAGAAAGAUUACCUAGGAACAGUACGAUUUGGGGUUAUCACAAAUAAACAUCUUGCGAAACUGGUAUCCUUAGUACAGUCUGGAAGUGUGUAUUUACAUAGACAUUUCAACACAUCACUUGUCUUUCCCAGGGAGGUCAUGAACUACACAGCUGAAAACGUCUGUAAGUGGGCCUUAGAAAACCGGGAGAUGCUCUUUCGAUGGCUGCAGCCACACGGAGGCAAGAGUCUCCUGCUGAAUAAUGAACUGAAGAAAGGACCAGCACUUUUUUUGUUUAUACCUUUUAAUCCCUUAGCCAAAAGUCAUCCUUUAAUCGAUGAGAUCACCGAAGUAGCCUUGGAAUACAACAACUGUCACGGGGACCAGGUAGUGGAGCGCCUCCUUCAGCACCUGCGACGGGUAGAUGCACCGGUGUUUGAGUCCCUGGCAUCGGAGUCGCCACUGAUCAUGGCAUCCCCCUGCUGCAAUACUGUGGUGCUGCCCCAGUGGCACUCCCUCUCCAGGACCCACAACAUCUGUGAACUAUGCAUCAACCAGACCACUGGGGGCAUCAAGCCCAGCUCAGUCAGUGUGCCACAGUGCAGCUUUUUUGAGAUGGCAGCAGCUCUGGAUUCUUUCUACCUCAAGGAGCAGACCUUUUAUCAUGUGGCGUCGGACAGGAUACAGUGCAGCAAUUUUUUAACUUCCUACAGCCCUUUCAGCUACUACACUGCAUGUUGCAGGACCAUAAACAGGGGCGCAGCGGGCUUCGAACAAGAUGUCUUUGAAAGUCCGACCAUCACAUUUCCUUCCCUCAAGGAAAAGUGUGAGGUUGAUAUGCCAAGCUCCGUUCCUCACGUUGAGGAGAACAGGUAUCUCUUUGCUGAAGUGGACAUGACUAGCACAGACUUCACAGGCCUGAGCUGCAGAACCAACAAGACCCUGAAUAUCUACCUUUUGGAUUCAAAUUUGUUUUGGUUAUAUGCAGAGAGACUGGGUGCACCAAGCUCCACUCGGGUGAAGGAAUUUGCCACGAUUGUUGAUGUGAAAGAAGAGUCUCAUUAUAUCUUGGAUCCAAAACAAGCUCUUAUGAAGUUCACCCUAGAGUCUUUUAUUCAAAACUUCAGUGUUCUCAACAGUCCCCUGAAAAGACAUCUCAUUGGAAGUGAUUCUGCCCAGUUCCCUUCUCAGCAUUUAAUCACUGAAGUGACAACUGAUACCUUUUGGGAAGUGGUUCAUCAGAAACAGGAUGUUUUGCUGCUUUACUAUGCACAGUGGUGUGGCUUCUGUCCAUCCCUCAAUCACGUCUUUAUCCAGCUAGCUCGCCUCCUGCCAGCGGACACCUUCACUGUGGCAAGGAUUGAUGUGUCUCAGAAUGAUCUUCCUUGGGAAUUUAUGGUUGACCGUCUUCCUACUGUGUUAUUUUUUCCAUGUAAAAGAAAGGACCUAAGUGUGAAAUACCCUGAUGACCUCCCCAUUACCCUUCCAAAUCUGCUGAGGUUCAUUUUGCAUCACUCAGACCCUGCUUCUGCCCCCCAGAACUUGGCUAACCCUCCUACCAAAGAAUGUCUUCAGAGUGAGGCAGUCUUACAGCAGGGGCACAUCUCCCAUUUGGAGAGAGAGAUCCAGAAACUGAGAGCGGAAAUCAGCAGCCUUCAGAGAGCGCAAGUGCAGGUGGAGGCCCAGCUCUCCAGAGCCCGCAGAGAUGAGCAUCGGCUGCUACGGCAGCAGCAGACCCUGGAGCAGCAGCACAGCCUGCUCCAGCAGCAGAGUGAGGAGCUUCAGGCUCUGUACAUGCACAAGACCCGCGAGCUUGAGGAGCUGGCCCGCAAGCUGCAGGAGCUGGCCGAUGCCUCGGAAAACCUCCUCACCGAGAAUGCGUGGCUUAAGAUCCUGGUGGCGACCAUGGAGCAGAAGCUGGAGGGAAAGGACGAAGCUGAAAAGCUGGCUCCCCGGAGAGAGGCACGCUCUGACUCCCCUGAGCCCUCAGGUGCCCCCCGGUUACCUGGCAGCACCCCUCCACCUUCUAAUGUCAGCUCUGCGCUGGCAUCCCAAAGGAGUAACGAGAACAGGACAGACUAACUUUUUAAAUGAUGUGAAGAAAUUAGAGAUAUAAACUGUACAUUGGGAAUAUAUUUAUGCAAAUUUUAUUGAAAUUUAUUGUAAAUAAAGAUUUUCUC